UACCUAUUUGAUAGUAAUAACAAUUGACGUUAGUGUCCGAGAUAUUGAAAUUUUGCUCGCUGAACUUGAACCCAAUACGAUUCCGCUCCGCUUGCAACAUGCGGUUCCGUUGAUAAACAAUAACAAUAAACAUGAAAUUGCAAACUGAUGACAAUGAUGAUAUCAAAUAUGAAUAUCAAUAUCAAAUCUCAAUAAACAAUUAUGAUAUCAAAUAGCGAAUUAAAGUUGAAUCACUUUUGCUUUUAAUAUUUAAGAAGCAACAUGCAUUUCCGUAAUGCCAAUGAGGCAGUUUCCUUUGAAAAAUAUUGUAGUAUUAGUAUAUAAAGUAUUAAUGAUCUAGUUUGUGCAAAUGUCUCAGUUUUUGAUAAGAAUUUUUUAAACCGUUUUUUCUGUUCCCCCAAAACACCCUCAAAGUAUUGACGUCAAUUUUGAAUCCCCCUGUAUAGAUAAGUUGAAAGUGCAUUCAACUCGCAUAGCUCCUGAACAGGAAGGACGUGAUAUUUUCACUGACUCAGCCUGCAUGCAGGAAUCCUUGGAGCUAAACUAGAAGACUCGUUCAAGUGAUGAUGUGGGGUACCGACGUCUAGCAAUGCAGUUUGGAAAACAAUCCCUAACCAUCCGCUACGCAAAGUUUGAAUUCCUCAAAAAUCUCGACGGGCCGUUUGGAGUUGGCUGCGCCCGUUCGGCGCAGCCUCCCAGGAUGCGAGAACGCCCGAUUUGCCUGUUCCCGCUAUCCCGUAUCCCGAUGUAUCCACAUCUCGGCAUCCGGGGAAAAGGGGGCGCGUGAGGAGCGACCGCGACCCGCAUAGUAGGCGCCCAGCCAGUCCACGCCUAUGGAGCGAGCUGCAUCCUGGCAGCAAGAUUGCAGAGCAAUCCAGAAGUCAGUCAGUGAUGUGAUGUGUGUUCGUUUCUGAUCAUGUUGGGACUAUGUCCGGGCGACAAAAUGUGAGCCAGCAGCUUCAGCGAGGGCGAGCAGGCGACAUGAGGCGACGUCCAGCUACAGGGUCCUCGUGACAACAUGAACACUUCGCUACCGACAAAUGCAUCUGUCGCCACCUUUGCUUCCCACGAGGCAACGUAUACUAUUACACAAGUCGUCUUCAUCGGCACUAUUGCUGCAAUUUUGUCACUGCUCACAGUGGUGGGAAACAUUAUGGUAAUGAUAUCAUUCAAGAUAGAUAAGCAACUGCAAACAAUAAGCAACUAUUUCCUGUUCUCCCUCGCCGUCGCUGAUUUUGCCAUCGGGCUCAUUUCCAUGCCGCUCUUCACUAUUUCAACACUAUUGGGCUAUUGGCCAUUAGGCCCCUUGGUCUGCGACACGUGGCUGGCUCUAGAUUACCUUGCUAGCAAUGCUUCCGUGUUGAAUCUCCUCAUUAUUAGUUUCGACCGUUAUUUUUCUGUCACACGGCCACUUACCUAUCGUGCCAAAAGGACCAAUAGAAAGGCUGCAUCUAUGAUAGGGUGUGCAUGGGGUGUAAGUUUGCUUUUAUGGCCUCCGUGGAUUUACAGCUGGCCUUAUAUCGAAGGACAGCGCACGGUGCCUGACAACGAGUGCUAUAUCCAGUUCAUCGAAACCAAUCAUUAUAUUACUUUUGGUACGGCAAUUGCGGCAUUUUAUGUUCCGGUUUCAGUGAUGAUUUUUUUAUAUUGGAGAAUUUGGAGAGAAACUGAGAAGAGACAGAAAGACUUACCGAAGCUGCAGGCGGUCAAAAAAGAUAACAGUAAAAGAAGCAAUUCGAGUGUAUUCGUGUGCAGCGACGAAGCGACCAACGUCUGCUCUACAGUCGAUAUGGACGAAUGGAAAAGAACGAGAUCCGAAUCUUCUUUUGCAGAGGCGGAGUCUCUUUACAUGCAUGGUUCAGUCAAUGCGGGACCUUACCGGAGGAAAAGAUCGCGACUGAUCACUGAACGUGGCAUUCGAGGAAGCGCAAUCCGAUUGCGUGCUUGGUGUGUCGCUUGGUGGCAUUCUGGAAGAGAAGACAGUGAUACUGAAGACGAAAGUCCAAGCGAACAAGGACAAGGAUGCAUCACACCUGUUUCUCUGGAUACGCCAUUGCCGAGUUCAGUAUCCAGAUGUACAUCGCUCAAUGUUAUUAGGGAUGCGAAUGCAACCAGAGAUGGGGGUUGGCCAACUAAUCAAGCAAAUGUGACCCCCACACGAUUUACGCCGCGCGACACAAGAAGCUUACCGAUGGCCAAUCGGUUAGGAGGAAGAUCGGGGUCUUCAGACAGUGUAUAUACUAUCGUCAUUAAGUUACCUGGAGAUCCCAAGGAAAGCCAUCAUGGGACUGUGGAACCACCUUCAAUCAAGAUGAUUCCAGAAGACAGUAUCGAAAAUAACUUUAACAAUUCGGAUAAACUGAAUUCGAAUUCUACUGUUUACGCGAACCAUGUAAAUAGGAGACCUUCUGCCAUGCCAGAUGUGAGGAUACCCUUAAAUGCUAAAGGAAUUCCGAAGCAUUUGGUGGGAAAAACGUUGCUCGCAAAUGCAACGAAAAACCAUGGCAAGAAAAAGAAGAAAACGCAAGAGAAAAAAGCGGAAAAGAAGGCAGCAAAGACAUUGUCUGCCAUCCUGCUAUCGUUCAUAUUCACGUGGACUCCCUACAACAUAUUGGUGCUGCUCAAGCCUGUCACAUCAACUAGUAACCUGAUUUCUCCUCAACUGUGGGACUUUUUCUACUAUUUAUGCUACAUUAACUCUACAAUAAAUCCCAUGUGCUACGCAUUGUGCAAUGAGAGUUUUCGCAGGACCUACUUGAGAAUUUUACAGUGCAAAUGGCACAGCAGGAAUCGAACGGGAGUAAAUCGUGGAUUGUUUAAUAUGUGAGACAGUGAGUUUACGUCGUUUUAGCCGAAUAAUGUAAAGCAUUUUAAACGGAAAGAUAAACUGCAGAGCCAACCGAUGGACUUGCUUGGAAAGUAAGUAGAAUGGGUUUUAAUUACUUAUUUGAAAAUUUGUAUUUAAACUCUCAGAAUUUCAUUCAGUAGUUCAUUAGCUCUUGAACAUCGGCUUUUUCCUAAAUCCAAUAAAAACGUGGUGGUAACAACCUGAAAAGACAUUAUUGAAGUAAGUGAAAAAACCAAAAGUUCUGAAACUACAUACAAGUUUUUCGACUCGAUAGCGAAAAAUGUUUGAUGAAUUAAUGAAAAAUAACUGCAAUUUGAAAAUUUCAAAGUUUUAAUUCACCCAGAUCGAUUGCACAAAAAUUGACCAACUUUGCUUCUUGGAAUCAGCCGAAGAUGUUGAGUUUUACAUCCACUUUCAGUUCAAAGUUAUUCAGCAUUAACUUACAAGCAAUUUCAACAAGUAUAAGUAGUUCAAUUCCACAAAGCGUUUCCAUAUUAAGAGAAGUUGUUUACCAUUUUCAGCUCAAAGAUUAGACGCUCAGUUUGUGCUUUAUCGGCAAAAUGUUCAAUCCUCAUCUAAAUCACACUUACGCCGAAGCAACUUGGUUCAAGCUACCGAAAUUUGGACAGUAAUUUGUCCGUUUAAAAUGAUAUUAUAAUCAAAUUUAUUAAAAUUUUUGGUUAUCGUGGAACGUAAUCGUAUCGUGUACGGUGGCUACAAUAGCUAGAUAUUUAAAUUACCCGAUAUGAAGGCUGAUAACAUUUUGGAAGCAAAAAGACAAGAGCAAUAAAGACUAAAAAAAUUAAAAACAAUUAUUGCAAACUUAGAUUAUAUUAUUUAAAAACCUUCUUCCUGAUUAAUAUUUUGGUGCCUAUUCCAAAGUGUUAUCACCAAAUACCAAAAUAACCCAGUGUAGAAGUACUAAUAGCUAAAAAUAUGUACCAAAUAAAUAUUGCCCUUAGUACCCGCUCUAAACUGAAAACAAACCCGAAUUCAUUAUAAAGUUUUCCUCACCUCAACAAAUUGGCUCUUUCCAGAGGUUUCUGUAUAAUUUGUAAAUGUAUCUGAGGCUCAAUCAAUGUUCUAAGUUGUGUGCAAAGAACUGAGAUAUAUUUUAAGAAAGAAGUAAAUCCGCACAAACAUGUUAAAAGUGUUGUCGAUAGUUGUUAAAUAAAAAAAUGAAUUUUGUUUGGUUUUGUAAACAACUAAUUUUCAAAAGUUCAACUCAACGGAUCACAAAAAAUAUUUGUUGAAAUUCGUCGAACUGUUUGCAAACGUUUAGUGUUCAUGUGAUUUUUGAAACAUGUUGACAACAUUUUCAGCUUUGAGGUUUUCGUAGUAUUAUUCAGUUACGUUUACGCAUAAAAUAAUGGAUUAGGAUGAAAAUAUUUGUAUUAUAGAGGCUGUGUGUUAGAUUUAGUUUAAUUUAUUUAUUGUACGACCAAAAAUGAUUAUUUACUCUACUGCAAGAUGAAUAUAUCUUGAAAAUAAUGCUUCGUUGCUCAACAUUGCCCGAUCCAUAUUUGUUCGAAUUAUAUUUAACAAGGGUUGAAAACAUUUGAUAAAGUCAAAAAUGGCUUCAAAGUUGUUCGCAUAGUUUCGUGUUUAUACUUUUGAAAUAAGUUGCUUUUGUUUUUAAAAAAGUAGGAUUUUUUCAUUGUGGGACUCGGAAGAAGCUUUAAAUAACGUGAUUUAGUUUAAUAUUUAAUAAGAAUAAUUUAUAAUUAUUGUCGUUUUAUAAGAGGGCAAUAGCAAAGGACUCCUAUAACAAGUUAAUAAUGUCUGAAGCUGAUUUCUUUAUUUUUUGUAUCGUAAAGCUGUUUUGAAAUGGUCAAAUUGUCAUCAAUUUCAGUUUACUUUUUUUGAAACAUUACGGCAACAUAUUCAGCAAUAUUCGAAAAUGUCAACAUACACCUGCAAAUAAAUGUUCGUUUGUUAAUAAACGUUUGCAUUUUAUGGACGUUUAGUUGAUUCAAAGUUAUUUUGUUGUAAAGUGAAGUAGCAAAUAAUUCUAGUAUUGCAAAGCUAUUUUCAAUGCAGCAUAAAUGGGAAGAAUUGAACUAAAAGUCAUUAUGUUGUGUUAGAAAUAGUAGCAGAAAUAGUAGAUUUUUAUGAUUAUUUUGUAUAACUUUGUAUGUUGUAAAAUAAGUAGAUCUCUUCUAGUGUACUGUACUUUCUUACGUAAACGUAGAAGCUUUCCAGUUUCGUUUUGUACUUUUACUAUCUGCGGAAAUGCACUUAAACUGGUAUAUAAUACUCGUGAGUAAUCAUGAAAGGUUAACUUACAAAUUCCAAAUAUUAGGUAGGCAAUAUUAAAACUGUAAUAAAGGAUAAUUAAGCAGACCAUGAACUUUUGACGAUCCAAAAGUAGAUGUUUUAGACAGUGAACCAUGGUGUACUUGUUCACUAUUAACUUUAUUAGAUGGUACCCGAAAUUUCGCUUUAUUUUUCAUGGCCUAAUGCACCCAUGAAUAAUUUAAACUUUUUGCAACAGCAGCUCGCAUUAUGUUUUUUUAUUAAAUUACUCUGUUCAAAAUGCCCAAUUGCAUUCAAGUACCAUCUAAACAAGUUCUAUAAACCUUUGAUAUAUCUUGUAUAGCGAUCAGGUAAGUGAUUGUACUUACAGAACAAAAUCCAUUUUAACGCACAUUAGGUACACCAAAAGGAUUGAUUCAAAUGUAAACCAAAAAAGAAUAUACACAUUUACCACGUACCGGUAAACUAGUGGUUUGUAAAUGAUGUUAAUAAAUAAAAAGUUGUUUUAUAUACUAAUUUUAAAAAGAAAUUUUAUUAAGACUCCCACUGAAUCACUGAAACUUAUACGGGUAUUAUUAACAAUAUGUAAAUGAUAAUUGAAUUGUAUAAAACUGGAAUAAUAAAAGUGAAAACA